AUGGCGACUCCUGGAACUCCGGAGGCACCCUUUGACCCAUCGCAGCCCCCAGCCAUUGAAGGUUUUAGCCCCAGUAUCUACAGAGAGACCGAAAGUUUCAAGGAAAAGUUCAUUCGCAAGACCCGAGAGAAUCCAAUGGUGCCCAUUGGCUGCCUAGGUACGGCGACCGCCCUCACCUACGGCCUCUACUGCUUCCACCGGGGCCAGAGCCACCGCUCCCAGCUCAUGAUGCGCACUCGGAUUGUUGCCCAGGGCUUCACGAUCGCAGCCAUCUUGAUGGGUCUGGCUGCAUCUGCCAUGAGGUCUCGACAGUGA